AUCAUCACUCUAACACCACUCAGCAACAACUGGGCCAUCACAGCACCAACACUGCACUCUCCCUGCACCGCUAUCUCUCGGUUUGCCCCCAACACGUCAUAAAUAUCAUUCAUCUACUAGGAUCUCCAUCUCCUGCGACCUAACACUGACAUGGCUUUGGGCAGCUUGGAGUCAUUACCCCCAGAAACCAUCGACAACAUUGCCUCAUUUCUGGACACACCAGACCUUUCGGCUUUCCGACUUCUCAACCACUAUCUUGAAACUUUCGCUGCACGAUGGCACUUCGAAGAAGUUCGAUGUCGCACAAGCAGUUUCUGCCGUGACCGCCAGGCAAUGGUACACAUUGCUAAGUCAACAAAACUGAACCAACUUGUGCGCGAAGUUAACUUGCUCAUCGAACUACCAGCAUCUUUGCCUUUCUACCCAAAUCUGGAUGUCAACAUCGAAGAAACCUUAGGAGCGAUGGCCUGGGAUGACCGACACCACUUCGCCACCGCCGCACACGUGCUGCCGUUUCUUAGCCAUUUUCGCCACUUAACCACCCUCCGCUUGAUUUUUAUCGAGAAUCCAGAGGUCGAACCCAACACUCAAGUCAGUUCCGACGUGAUCAAUUAUCAGUCUGGGAUAAUUGAGACUAUCUUUCAGUGUCUUACCGGAACAUGGCCUCUCGAGAGGCAGACGAGGAUUGACGAGGCUCUGAAGCUCGUGCUAGGAGACGAAUACAGUGCUGGUUGCAGUGCCUUUCCAGGACCAGGCCCGGUCAGUCUCAGGGCCCUCUGGAUUAAAAAUCUUAACGUCCCUCUUCACUCGCGUGUGAGGAAAUCCGAAGCAUUCAAAGCAGUUGUUGGGUCCGGCAGCAUUGUUGACUUGAGUUGUAUCAACAGAAACUAUGUUCGCUGGCCCAUCGCGCCAGGUCCAUUGUACUCCAGAGAAGUGUUGAAAAUGUUCGAGCAGAUGCCCCGAACUUGGUUUAUGCCAUCAAUGGCAGAGAAUCUCCAAAACUUGGAAUUGAAGUUUCAUAAUUACUGGGGGUGGCAUCCAAAGCUCGAUUUAGAGGAUAUUACACCAGCUCUGCCAAAUUUGAAGAAGCUAUCCCUUUGGAGAUUUGUAUUCAGCCUCGAGCGACAGGCUCAGUGGAUUGCAUCUCUUGGGAGAAGCAACUCAUCUGGAGGCCUUGAAGGACUGCACUUGCACAAGUGCCAAAUCCUGUUUGGGGCAACACACUUGGAACCGCUGGACAGAGAUACAGGGUACCUAGUCCAAGAGGAUAUGUUGCGCGCGGUUCUUCUUAACGGCGAGCAAUUGCAGUGCUCUUUUUUCACUCCACGAUGGUACACAAUCCUAGACAUAUGGCGUGAGUCAAUGCCAGCCUUGACGUCAUUUCAGCUUAACAGGUACACUCAUGAAAGCGAUUUUACUGCUCAGAAGAAUCGAAGAAUCGGGAGCCGGGUUUUGGGUUAUACGUUUAUCGACUUCAUGCGCUGGCCAAUAUACUUAUAUGUGCCGGACGUGCCUCCCCCAGGUGAGACUGGUCACCUACGACCUGGUGAGCGUGGUUGUCUAGAAAUGGAUGAGGAGGCUGCGGAUCUGCUAUUUUCAGCGGUUCGGUCGAGGAACUGGCCUGCGAGUCGACAAAACGUUUAG